AUCAAGACCGGUACGAUAUGUCAUUGCAAGUUUAAAACACACUCAGCUCAGGCUGCUCAGCAAGGGUUAUCUUAUCGCCAUGACCCCUCCAAAAUUUCGCAAACUGAACCCCUGUUCUUUGGCAGUGGGAGGACGGAACCCCUCCAUUCUUCUCACCACCCGUUCGUUCCUACUAGUAGUCUACACUCGCUUACCAUAUCCAUCAUACAAACCAGCACCGUUCGGUCUAUAACCUAUUACUCACUACUGAAUUGCAUCCGGUUCCAAGAUGACGGCCUCAACAGCCACGCCCGCCGAUUCAAGCACCCUCGCGAAAAUCGCAUCCCUCCGGCAGACCCUCGUUUCGGAAACCACCCCGCUCGCAGUCCGCUUCCGCGCGCUCUUCUCCCUCAAGCACCUCGCGCGCCAGAACCCCGCCGAUAGUGCCGAAUCGCUUGCCGCCAUUGACGCCAUCGCUGCCAGCUUCACGUCCUCCUCAGCUCUUCUUAAGCAUGAGCUAGCCUACUGUCUUGGCCAGACGGGCAAUAGCGCCGCUAUUCCCUAUCUGACGGCUGUGCUGGAGAAUGUGGGCGAGGACUCGAUGUGCCGGCACGAGGCUGCUGAGGCGCUCGGGGCGUUGGGGGAUAAGGCCAGUUUGGACGUGUUGAGGAGAUUCAAGGAGCGAGAGGGUGAAGAGGUGGUUGUUACUGAGACGUGCGAGAUCGCGAUUGAUCGGAUUGAGUGGGAGAAUGGAGAGGGGAGGAAGGGAGAAAGGCUGAGGCAGAGUGAUUUCGCCUCGGUUGAUCCCGCCCCGCCUAUGGCCCAGGGUCAACAGGAGCCGACGGUAGAGGAGCUUGGGAAGACAUUGAUGGAUACGAGCCUUCCGCUCUUCAAGAGAUACCGUGCCAUGUUUGCGCUCCGUGACCUAGCGUCGCCUCCCGACCUUCCCACCGCCGUGCCUGCCGUGCACGCGCUUGCCAAGGGAUUUGCCGACUCCUCCGCCCUGUUCCGCCACGAAAUAGCGUUCGUCUUCGGUCAACUCGCACAUCCCGCUUCUAUCCCCGCUCUCACCGCGGCGCUGAGCAACACUGAAGAGGCCAGCAUGGUCCGCCAUGAGGCUGCCGAGGCGCUUGGCAGUCUGGGAGAUGAGGACGGCGUCGAGGAGACUCUGAAGAAAUUUCUGCACGAUAAGGAGGCGGUCGUACGUGAGAGUGUCAUCGUGGCUCUGGAUAUGGCCGAGUACGAAAAGAGCAACCAGACUGAGUAUGCACUGAUCCCGGAGGUUGAGGGGACCGCUUAAACUGAGUUGAGGAUUCCGGUGUUUGGGUCGAUCAAAAUAUUACCAGAUUCUCCUGGCGGCGCAGGGUCGCAGGGUAUAGAUCGCUAGGUCGGGUUUGGAGGAUAGAAGCGCCAUUUCCACAAUACUGAACGGGUGCUUAGUUGUUCUGAGCCCAUCUAGAUUCCAGAAAGUUAGCAGACGGCCCUAGGCGUAGUCCCAUAUCACGCACCUUUCACCGCAAUCGCAGUUGUA